AUGCAUCGUAUGAAUUUGGAAUCAAUGCCUGAUGAAAUUUUCUUAGAAAUCUUUGAUUAUAUAUCAAGUUAUGAUCUAAUAUAUUCAUUUUAUAAUUUAAAUCAACGUUUUAAUUCUAUAAUUCAUGGUAUUCAUCUUUAUCUUGAUUUAUCAUAUGUACAACAAAAAAAAUUUUUAUUUACAUGUCAUUAUAUUUUACCAAAUUUUUGUCAACAAAUUUAUUCAAUAAAAUUAUCAAAUAAACAAACUAUAGAUGGAAUUCAAUAUUUUAUUGAACAAUCAAAAUAUUGUCAACAAGAACAAGUGAAAACAUUAAUUUUAACUGAACCAACAAUAGAACAAUUAAUAAAAUUAAUUCGUUAUUUUCCAUUUUUAAAAACUUUAAUUAUUAAAACAACAGAUUAUUUAGUUGUACCGAUUGAAUUGAUAUCAAGAUCUUUACGUAUAUGUCGAAUAUCAAAUUGUCAAAUUGAUUUUUUAUCAUCAAAUAUUUCAGAAAAAAUUUAUUUUAUUGAAGAACUAAAUCUCAAAAUAUCCGAUAUAAAUAGUCUCUUUAUUUUAUUAAAUUCAAUGAUUUAUUUAAAACAUUUAACAUGUCAUAUAUCUAGAAAAUCUUCAAUAAAAAUAAAUUCAAAACCAAACUUUCAAAAGUCUUUAAAAUUUUUAACUUAUUUAAAAUUAAAUGUAUUUUCAAUAUCAUUUAAAUGUGUUGAAAGUCUUCUUAACAUAUGUCCAAAUUUAACAUCAUUGAUUUAUACAUAUACAACAGGUUUAGAAUCAUCCUAUGAUAAUGAACAUAUUGAUACGGAACGUUGGAAUAAUUUAUUUAUAAAUAAAUUAAAUCGAUUAAAAAUUUUCGAUUUACAUAUAUCAUUAAAUAUAGAUCCACAACGUGAUCUUAUGUUAAUAACAAACAAAUUUCAAGAUUUAAUUUUUUUUCGUACAAAUAAUAUUCGAAUCAUUUAUGAAAUAACAUCCUAUAAACAUAUUAUAUGUACAAUACCAUUUACGAAAUUACAUUUAAAUAAUUAUAUAAAAAAACCUUCAGUAAGAAAUAUUCAUGAUGCAUAUUCACGUAUACGUCAUUUCGAUUUAAUAUUAAAUCAAACAAUACUUUAUCAACAACAACAUACAAUACGUUGUCCACUUGUUCAUUCAUUUUAUUUAGGUCUUUAUGAAAAUAUAACACCAAUUGAACAUCAAUCACGUUUAUUAUUAAAUCAAUCGAUAUCAUUUGUUUACUUAAAACAUUUCGAAUUAUAUGGUACAUGUAUAACAGAUGGUUUUGCUGUACAAUUAUUAACUAAAAUGACAAAUUUAGAUUCAUUAACAUUACCAUUAAACCAUUUAAUAUCAUGUCAAAUUAAUGAUACAAUACGUCAAAAUAUGAAAAGAAUUAAAAAAUUACAGUUAUCUUUAACAGAAAGUAUAUCAAUUGAUUGUGUAAAAAAUAUAUUAAUACCUAUUUUUCCUAAUUUACAUUCAAUGAGUUUUGCUAUUGAUAAUAAAAUACAUUCGUUUGAUAAAAUAUUAUUAACAAUGAUUGGACAAAAUAAUAAUAAUUAUUAUCUGAAAUAUUUAAUGUUUCUAGAACUUUUUGCACUUGAUCAAGAUUGGGAUCAUUCAAUGUUGAUUCAACUUAAAAAAUUUAUUCGUUAUAAGAAUAAUUAUCGUUUUCUUUAUAUUUGGUUAUAA